AUGAAGUAAAGAGCAAAGCCAGCUACGAACUCCACUGCUUAGAAUUAUUUUAUGUUACCUCGGAGAUCCAUAGCACGUGAUGCCAACGUCUCUUUGCUGAAUGAACUAACCCUCGUGAAUAGUGAAUACCUUGCAGCAUUAUUGCAAUAUUGCUCUCUCUUCCUUACAUUCUCAAAAUCCAAUCACGUACGCACUGAUUUAUUUGCUGUUGUUGUGAUCUGUAUCAUAUCAUGGCUGAAACACUUGUUGUUGGAGCUUUAGUUUCUGGCUUCGCCAACGUUGUUCUUGACAGGCUCAUUUCACCUGAGUUUGUCAACUUGGUGGUGGGCAAGAAGCUGGAUCGGAAGUUGGUUGAGAGGCUGAGGACUGCUAUCUUGGCUGCCAAAGCUCUGGUUGCUGACGCUGAGCAGAAGCAGUUUGGAAACGAACUCGUGAGGGAGUGGCUUGAUAGUCUCAAAGAUGCUCUCUACACUGCUGAUGACUUGCUGGACCGUGUCUUCAUCAAAGCUCAAAUUCGCAACAAGGUACGCAUUCGUCUUCCUCACUUCCUUGAUUUGCCUCAUAGGAAGUCUAAUAGGGAGAUGAUGACUAAGAUAGAAGAUGUGGUUGAAAGAAUAGUAGAUCUUGAGAAACGCAAAGAUACCCUUGGUCUCAAAGAGAUUCCAACGGGAAGCUCUUCAUGGAGACCUCCUUCCACUUCUCUUGUGAAGGGGAAUGUGUUUGGCAGGGACGGUGACCAACAGGCACUAAUCAAGAUGCUCAAUGACAACAAUCAUCAUAACUUGUCCGUCAUCUCUAUUGUUGGUAUGGGCGGUGUUGGUAAAACUACUUUAGCACAAUGGCUCUACAACAAUAAGGAUUUGAUGGACGGGGUUGAUCUGAAAGCAUGGAUUUGUGUUUCUGAAAAUUUUGAUGUUGUUGAGACUACAAAGAAUGUUAUAAAGGGGAUCUCUUCGGGUGUUUGUAGUCUUGACAGCUUUGAUUUACUUCAACAAGAUUUGAAGAAAAAACUGUCAGAAAAGAAGUUCUUCAUUGUUUUGGACGAUGUUUGGAGUGAAGAUGCUGACAAGUGGAAUGGUUUUAUCACCCCUUUUCAACAUGGGACAAAGGGAAGCACUAUUCUCCUAACUACCCGCAAGGUAAAUGUUGCUCAAAUAGUCCAACACUAUAACUCUUACACCCUCAAUCAACUGUCAGAUGAUUAUUGUUGGUCUAUUUUUGCGGAGAAUGCAUCCUUUCCUGAAUCAAAUGGGAGCUCAGAACUGGAAGGAAUAGGUAGAAAGAUUGUCGAAAGGUGUGAUGGCUUGCCGUUAGCUGCAGAAACACUUGGACGCUUGUUGCGCUCAGAGCGUCGUGUUGAAGAAUGGAAUAAAAUACUAUCGAGUGACAUUUGGGAAUUUUCUGUGGCAAAUUGCAAGAUUGUUCCUGCAUUGUUAUUGAGUUACCAUCAUCUGCCUACUCAUUUAAAAGGUUGUUUUGUUUAUUGUUCAUUGUAUCCCAAAGAUUAUCAAAUUGAUAAGGAUGAAUUAAUCUUGCUAUGGAUGGCUGAAGAUCUUUUGCGGCCUCCAAAGAGGGGAGAGACUUUAGAAGAAGUUGGUUGCGAGUGUUUUGAUGACUUGGCUUCAAGACUAUUUUUCAAGCAGGUCCAGAACGAUGACUUGGCAACUUUUCUUGCUGGAGAUCUUUAUUGUAGAUUCUCAGAACUUGGUGAAAUGGAAGAGAUGAGUAUUCUAACUCGACAUUUGUCAUACGAUCAUUCAAUCUCUGAGAAAACAUGCUCCUCUAAUAAAAUAGAAUCUUUGAGGACAUUAUUGUAUAUCAAUCAUGGUCAUGGAGCUCGUUUCUGGAAAGCACACAGAAUGUUACCAUGUGAUUUAUUGUCAAAGAAUAAAUACUUGAGAGUUUUGUCCUUUAGUAGACUCGAUAUAUUUCCUGAUCCAAUAGAUAAAUUGAUCCACCUGCGCUAUUUGGAUCUCUCUACAAAUGUUGUUCAGACAUUGCCCGAGUCAAUAUGCAAUUUGUGUAAUUUACAAACAUUAAAGUUAAAAGAUUGUUCAAGGCUGACUAUGCUGCCCAAUGGCAUGUAUAAGCUUGUGAAUUUGCGGCAUCUUGAUAUAAGGGGUACUCCUCUGAAAGAAAUGCCAAAAGGAAUGGGCAAAUUAAAACAGUUGCAAACUUUAAGCAAGUUUGUGGUGGGAAAGCAAGAAGACAAUAGAAUCCAAGAGUUAGGAGGGCUUUUAAAUCUUCAUGGAUCACUUGUGAUUCACAAAUUGCAAAAUGUGGUUGAUGCCAAUGAGGCAAGAAGUGCAAGGAUAAUAGAUAAGAAGCACAUUGACGAGUUAUAUUUGGAAUGGUCUUCAAAUGAUUAUAUGGUUUCAGAUGCACAAAAUGAAAGAGAUAUACUCCACAGCUUGCAACCACACACUGACUUGAAAGAGUUGAUAAUUUGGGGUUACAAGGGUACAAUGUUCCCAGAUUGGUUGGGGCAUUGUUCCUACAACAAUAUAACAAGUGUAUCUCUAUGCUAUUGUAAGAAUUGCUGCAUGUUGCCUUCACUUGGACAGCUGCCAUCCCUGAAGUCCCUCCGCGUUGAAAGGUUUGAUGAGCUGAAGAGCAUUGGCAAGGAGUUUUACAAGAACGAAGGCCAUCAACAUUCUUCGCCUAUUGCACCGUUUCCCUCACUGGAGACAUUGGAAUUUCAUGUUAUGACAUGUUGGGAGGAGUGGCACUUACCUGACUCAGAAGCCUUUCCUCAGCUUAAGAGGCUUGAAAUAAGAGAGUGUCGAAUGUUAAAGGGAGAUAUGGUUAAUCAGGUAUUAAUGAGAAUCGUUUCUUCCUCAUCGGAUGUUUCCAAAGUGUGCAAACUGGAAAUACGAGAAGAUGAUGAAGAAUGGGUUAAAGAGAUGACACUUGAUGGGGAUAGGUUAUUAAUCAGUGGAUUUGAAUAUGUGAUGGAGUAUGCAUUGAAGGCAAGGAUCAUCCACCAUCUAACUUCCCUCCAAAUACAUGAAAGUCAUGAUUCACUGAGCUCAUUGUCGUUGGAUGCCUUUCCCAAUCUCGAGAAUCUCGAUAUAAGAUGGGGUUCAAAUCUGGAAUCAGUUUCAAUAUCCGAGCCACCACACGCUGCUCUUCGACGUCUCUCCAUCGAUGACGGUGACAAAUUUGUGUCAUUUCCGGAAGAAGGACUGGCUACACCCAAUUUGACUCAUCUCCAUGUUAGCUGGUGCUCGAAGUUGGAGGCAUUGCCACGUGACAUGAGUACUCUUCUCCCAAAUUUAGAGUCUCUCGACAUACAAGGUUGCCCAAACAUUUGCAGGUUGCCAGAGGGAGGUUUGCCGGCUAACCUGAAAGAGCUUAGGGUAGGAGAUUGCGAGAAACAAGUGAGGGAUCUAUCAUGGUUGGGCAACUUGGACAACCUCACUCAUCUCACCAUUUCUGGUUAUGGAUGUGAGAGCAUAAAGUCAUACCCAGAGGUGGGUUCGCUGCCUCGCCUUCCCUCCCUUACCACUCUUGAGAUACGCUCGUUUCAUAAUCUGGAGACAUUGGACUGCAACGAGCUUCUCCGCCUCACCUCCCUCCAACAACUACACAUUUCAUGGUGUCAUAAGCUGGAGAAUAUUGCAGGAGAAAAGCUGCCUCCCUCUCUCUUACUACUUCAAAUUGACUACUGUCAUUUGCUGGGCAAACACCGCAAGAACAACCAUCAACAAAUUUGGUCCAAAAUUUCCCACAUCCCCUCAAUUAAAGUCGAUGGAAAUUUUCUGAGUAGAGAUUUCUGAGCAGAUUUGGCCUCUAAUGUUACUUCUUCAUCAAGCAAUCCCACUGGAAUCUUCAAGUUUUGUUUCCCCAUCAUCCUUCACAAAUUCAGUUGUAGCUUCAUGUAGCACUUCCACUGGAAUCUCUUUUAGUGCAUAGAUGCGUGAUGAAUCUACCAUCAGCACAGUUUAGAAUCGCAUCAUGUAAGAAUGAACAAUGGGAUGAAGAGAAUCUAGAAAGAAAGGUGAUCGGGACUACUACCCUUCAGAUGCUGUUGAUAUGGUUUCAGAUGAUGAUUUGCGUAGUCCUCUGAUUUUGGCUCGUGGCAGUAGUAUGUUCAACAAUCAUGGCGAGGGUCCGGUGAUGGCAAAGGCAGGAAUUGGUGGUGGCUGCUAGCUGGCUUUGGAAAUGGUCAGAAAAAGGAGGAGGAUUUAAGAGAGUUUAUUUCCAUCAUGAGGGAUCUCGACAUGGAUCUCUUGUCUCGAGUUCAAGGUGAAGGUGAAGGUGUUCAUGCUGCUGGCUUGGUUAGCUAACCUGCUCUUUAUUCCAAGCAAACAGUUGGAUCCACAAUGGUUCAUCCAUCUCAGGCUGCUUCAAAAGAUCCAAUUUGGAAAGAUCUCACUGAACCUGGUGUUAAGCAUGCAUUGAUUGUUGGGAUUGGGAUACAAAUUCUUCAGCAGUUUGCAGGGAUAAAUGGGGUUCUGUAUUACACUCCUCAAAUUCUUCUUAAAGAUGUUGGCAUUAGCUCCAAAUCUAAUCAGUGAUGUCACAACCUUGUUGAUGCUACCAAGUAUAGCUUUAGCUCAUGGAUAUCUUUGGAAGAAGGCAACUACUACUCAACACGAUUCCUGCGUUGAUCGUCUUGCUUAUGCUGUUGUUUGCAAAGACAUGAUGGAGAAAGUUGGAGUGGCAGUUAUUAUUGCAAAGCUUUUGUUGUUGUUGAUUUCCCAAGGUGAUGAAGGUAUGUAGCUAAUGCAGUCAAGAUUCAAAGAUUAGGCUCUCCACAUUUGAAGAUGACAAUCAUGUAUCUGAAAUGAUCAUUAUGAGAAGGUGAAGUUGUUUAGUGAUGCCAUCAGCAGAAUUUCAUUCCUAUCAACUUCACUCAAUGGAGAUACAUUGGGAACAGGAAGUACAUUUGAGGUUUAGUACCCAACCAUAUCUAAAUUAUCUUUAUUCAAUCCGAAGUUCAUUAGAAGAGGUGCUCUGUAAUUUCAGCUUCAGUUAUUAGGUCUAAACUUUGAGUGUUUGAUGGCUUGUGGAUUCUGCUGGGAAUGUCAAGCUUACUAGCUCUGCAUUUCAAAACUAUUCACUAUAAAUCUGCAGUUGGGGAGCGAUUCAAUGUUGGAUUGAGCUAAAAUUUUAAUAGCAAGUUCUGGGUGUACCUUUUCAUGCUGAAUGGUUGGGCAAUUAAGAUUUGGAGGGUGAGAUAUGGCUUGUGCGCGCAAAGUAGCUGUGGUUUUGUAAAUUUUUCAUGUUUUUGGUUCACAUAUAUAUGCAUUGGAGCUUGGUUGUUUUGACUUACUGUAAGCAUGAUUUGUGCACUUAUUUGAGAUUCUCUUGUAUCCUUACUUGAUUACAGUGAUACUUCUUGUU